AUGUCGAGGACUCUGGCAUCUUAUCUCGUCGCCGCGGCGUGUGUUUACGCCUGUCUUCCGGACAAGGACGAACUCGCUCAUCUCCGCUCAAAACGAAAUGCUCGCACUUCUCAUAGUCGACAUGUCAAGCGAGACGUCGUGCCCUAUCCACCAGUUCUCACAGAGACAGAGAGUAUGCUUGUCAACUCAUUCGACAACAACAGCAUCUCCGACUGGUCUCUUUACUACUCCUCGGGAUACCGUCUAGCAGGCCACAACCGAUCUCAGGCUGAGUGGACACAGCAAAAGUGGAUCGAGAAUGGUUGGGAGUCUUGGAUUGAUGAGUAUUGGAUUUGGUACACGGAGCCUAUUGAGAGUACUCUCACUUUGAACCGAGCGGAUGGGUCGGCGCAUGAGGUCCAGAGACUUGAGGAUGCUCUUGAGGUUGACGCCCAGACGAAUAAUCCGAAUGAGCAGCCUGCGUACCACGCACUAUCGGGUAGUGGAAAGGUCAAUGCUGAAUAUGUCUACGUUGGGCGUGGUUCUCGCGAGGACUAUCAGAAGCUCAAGGAUCUCGGUGUCGAGCUUGAAGGCAAGAUUGCUCUCGCUCAAUAUGGCGGCGCGAACCGUGGUGUCAAGAUCAAGAAUGCAGAGGAUGGUGAGAUCACGGAAGCCAACGGCUAUCUUCCAUACCCAGGAAGUACUCGCUGGGGAUCUCUCUCCUUCGGCGACCCCUCAACAAUCGGCUACGCAUCAACUAAAGACGCUCCCCGUCGUGACAUCACCCCAUACGGUCCCAAGAUCCCAUCCAUUCCCAUCAGUCCCCGAGACGGUCUUCAACUUCUUCACGCUCUUGACGGUCACGGUCUCUCAGCUGAAACAGUCAACCGAACCAACUACAAGGGCGCUUUCUCAAAUGUUACAUAUCACAGUGGUCCUGCACCUGGCGCUACACUGAACCUUGUCAACAUCAUGGAUGCCAGACUGGAACCUGCCUGGGAUGUGAUUGCUUCUAUCAACGGAACUAACCCUGAUGAAUAUGUCAUUAUCGGAAACCAUCGUGAUGGUUGGACUGGUGGUGGUGCUGCUGAUGCUGUCUCUGGUGGAUCUCUUCUCGUCGAGAUGGCCAAGGCGUUUGGGAAGCUUGUUGAAAAGGGCUGGAAGCCCCGUCGAACCAUUAUCCUGGCCUCCUGGGACGCCGAAGAGUUUGGUCUCAUGGGCAGCACGGAGUGGGUCGAGGACCAUCUCCCUGAGCUUAUCGAAAAGACAGUCGCCUAUAUCAACCUCGACACAGCCGUAUCUGGUCCACGCGCCGAGAUUGUCGGAUCAGGAGAGAUUCAGACUAUUGCUAUUGAGACCAUGAAGAAGGUCAUUUUCCCUGAGGGAUACGGUGCGGGACCAACACUGUACGAUGCUUGGUUCAACGCUACCGAGGGAGUGCUGCCGGCUAUGGGCAGUGGCAGUGAUUAUGCUGCUUUCUACCACAACGGCAUCAGCUCUGUAAGAAUACAUCUUCCCUUGGCGAAUUCUCUGUACGACACGCACCACUGGAUGACUAACUACGCAGACCCAGGCUUCCACCUUCACGCAGCGAUGGGCCAAUUCGUCACACUUCUUACUUACCACAUCGCCGACGACCCUUUGAUCCCCUGGGAUAUGCCUCACGCCGGUUCCGCCCUCCGCGACAUUUUCGAAGAUUUGGAAGAGAAGCUCGAAGACCGUUUCUCCGAAUACACCGUCGAUCUCAGCCCUCUUGACGAUGCAGUAUCUGCUUUCGAGGCCGCCUGCAAGCACAUCGAUACUCUAGCAAAGCAAGCCGUUGCUCUUAACGACAAUGUGCUCCUAGGUGUUGUCAACACCAAGUUCAGGCAGUUUAGCCGUGGUUUUGCAAGCGCUGGUCUGUUGCCUGGAAGAUUCUCGUUCUACAAUGUUGUCAGUGCACCGGGUCUGGAUAGUGGAUAUGGAGCAGAUGUUUUCCCGGCUAUUCAGGAUAGUUUGGAUCAGGGCAACUUGACACAGGCUGAGGAAUGGGUUGAGAGGAGUGCUAAAGCUGUUUUGAGGGCAGCUGAAAUUCUCAAGGUUGCGGUCUAG